GGUGCACGUUCGCCGUCUCCACAUUGUGUCGAGCUUCUCUCAGCCGCCUCAGCCUCCUGCCACCUUGGUGAAGGAAUACCCCGACUAGAAAUCAUGGACUUCAGUGGAACAUGGCAGGUGUACUCCCAGGAGAACUACGAGCAGUUCCUCAGGGCUAUGGAACUCUCAGAAGAUGUCAUCAAGAUGGCCAAGGACAUCAAGCCGAUUACUGAGAUCAAGCAGACGGGUAACAGCUUCGUCAUCACCUCCAAGACACCAGGGAAGUCUGUGACCAACUCCUUCACCAUCGGCAAGGAGGCUGAGAUCACCACCAUGGUUGGCAAGAAGCUCAAGUGUACCGUCAACAUGGAGGGAGGCAAACUGGUCUGCAACACUGGCAAGUUCAUCCACAUGCAGGAGCUGAAGGGAGGAGAGAUGGUGGAGACUUUGACCAUGGGCUCAGCAACUCUUAUCAGGAAGAGCAAAAGGGUGUAAAUUUGACAGCAACAAAUACAAUGUCUAUUUAAAUAAAAGUUUGCCUACUAA